UUGACGUUUGUGUUUUUUUCUGUCGUGCUCAAGUUUACUACAAACUUUACACUAAAAUACGUAGUGGUGCUCCUUUUCUCGCGUAACAAACUCAUGACGAUUAUCUCUGACGGGGGUUUGUUUGUUUAAUAUUUUCUACCAUCGGAAACGGUUUCCCUUGAUUAUUAUUAUUGGCGAGGAAGUGAGAAAAAAAUUCAGUUCCCGUGGGUCGGAAAAGUGAUUGGUGCGUGCUGGUGAAGAUGCUUCCGGGUGCUUCCUGAUUUCGGUGGAUUAGCAGUUUUGGCUCAGCUUUUUUCCCCAUCAAUAUCAAUCUUCCGUUGUGGCCCCACCAAUAGCAGUAGUAGCCGCAGUCGCAGCCUUCCCACUCAGUCCGAACGUGCCGAGAAGCAGACGGGAAAAGUGCAAAAUUCAAGGUUGAAACAAAAAUAAUUUCCAGCUUAGCAGUAAAAGCACUACCGUGUGAACUUCAGCAAAAAGAAAGAAGGUCAACGGAAGGGUCUUGUAGUGUCCUCCAGAAAGUUAUUUGAUGAUUGGAAAUACCUCCAUAGUGCUCAGUGAGUUUCCGUGAAAUUUUGCAGUGAGUCUUGGGGACUGUUCCCUGCGUUUAGCGAGGCAGGCAAGUGAUUCUGUUGGGUGCUGUAAAAAGCUGCACCUGAAAACGUCAAAAUAGAAGCAGUUUCAGGCGAAUUCAGAUCGCGCAAGAUGGCAGACCAGGAAUCGGAUAUGGAAUACUCUUCGGAUAAUGAUGAGUUUGAGGAUUACUACAAUUCAGGCCUAGAAGACUGCGACAUCGAGCAGAUUGAUCCGAAGCGCGCUGAUCCGGAGUAUUUUGUGUACGAAUGUCUCAACGUCGAGGAGGUGGACAAGCUGCUCAACGAAUCGGUUGAAAAGCUCAGCAAUCAGCUCCAUAUCACACCCUCGCUGGCAAAGGUGCUACUGCACGAGACCAAAUGGAACACUGCCGAGGUCGUGGAAAAGUAUCGAAACAACGCAUCCAACCUUUUAGUUAGUGCCCGUAUCAAAGCUGCCCCCGGGGCAAUCGCAUCCACUUCUUCCGUCGGUGCCCUGCUGGGUCCCAGUAGUUCCAGUACAGUGCUUCCAGUUCCCGGUAUGAUUCCAGCGACCCCCGUUCCUGGUACCAGUGCGAAAAUAUCCCUCCAAACGGUGCCAUCAUCCACGUAUCGAACACACCUGUGCCCAGUUUGUGUUACCGUCCAAUCGGUGGACAAAUUUCAUAAUCUUUCAUGUCAGCAUUCGUUCUGCCGCGACUGUUGGGCGAUGCACUUUGAGAUUCAAAUUAGUCAGGGAAUUUCCAUUCAGAUUGGCUGCAUGGAACAACGAUGCGAUGUUCGAGUGCCAGAAGAUCUCGUGCUCAAUCUACUGAACAGGCCUAUGGUGAGAGACAAGUACCAGCAAUUUGCCUUUGCCGACUACGUCAAGUCGCAUCCGGAGUUACGGUUUUGUCCCGGUCCAAAUUGCCAGAUAAUCAUCCGCAGCUCGGACAUCAGCCCGAAGAAAGCCACCUGCAAGGUGUGUACAAGUUCUUUUUGCUUCCGUUGUGGUACCGACUAUCAUGCGCCAACCGAUUGCCAAAUCAUCCGUAAGUGGCUAACCAAAUGUGCCGACGACAGCGAAACGGCCAACUACAUCAGUGCCCACACGAAGGACUGUCCCAAGUGUCACAUUUGCAUCGAAAAAAACGGCGGCUGUAAUCAUAUGCAAUGCUUUAACUGCAAGCACGACUUCUGCUGGAUGUGCCUUGGCGAUUGGAAGGCGCAUGGGUCGGAGUAUUACGAAUGUUCGCGAUAUAAGGAAAAUCCGAACAUUGCCCACGAAUCCGUGCAUGCGCAGGCACGUGAAGCACUAAAAAAGUACCUUCAUUAUUACGAACGUUGGGAGAACCAUUCGAAGUCGCUUCAACUAGAGGAACAAACACUGGACCGUAUGAAGACUCGCAUCAACGAGAAAGUCAUGAAAGGUCUCGGAACCUGGAUCGACUGGCAGUAUCUAUUCGAUGCCGCCGCUCUACUGGCCAAAUGUCGGUACACGCUUCAAUAUACCUAUCCGUAUGCCUAUUUCAUGGAACCUGGUUCCCGCAAGGACCUCUUCGAGUACCAACAGGCUCAACUGGAAGCGGAGAUCGAAAACCUCUCGUGGAAGGUGGAACGCGCGGAAACCACCGACCGGGGUGAUCUCGAAAAUCAGAUGGACGUUGCGGAGAAACGGAGAACUACCCUGCUGAAGGAUUUCUUCCCGACCGACGCGUGAGCCAGCGACGAGAUGGAGAUAGAUUUUAGUGAACGCCUAGAGGUAAAUGAACGAAAACUGAGAUAUUACAAUUAUUCCUCCAUAACGCCCACCUUGUUGUCCCCUGUCGUAGUAGGGUUAUAUUGUGCGUCCCAACGACGUGUGAGAAUUUCCUUGUAGGAUAGAAAUGUGAGGCUAAUUUGCUUCCAUUUCCGAACGUUUUUUGUUUUGUUUUUUGUGUAACACAGAAUAACAGAAAUGACGUUAUGGUCUGUCCCAAGGAUCAACCGAUGCUUUUUUAAUGAAUUUGGUUUCGGCGAAUCCGAAUUUACUACCAGAAAUGUGGCACGCUUCAGUUGAGUUGAGCAUAAAAGUUAUUCACUUCUAUGUUGUUGCUUGGCAGUUUAGCCCUUCACUUUGGAAUGACACACAAUUUACACCGAUUAAAGUUAUUGGAAAGAAAAUAUAUCUACCUAGUUGACUAAUUUUUCGAUUUAAAGAAAAUCCAAACUCCAUUUUGAAUCGUGGAAAUUAAAAUUAUAAAACAUCUUCACAUGGUAAAUGAAAUUAUUGCAUGCAGGGAUGGUUCGUUCUUUGGAGCAUCGUUUAUUAUUAUUUAGUAUAGAAAGGUAACGUUAAGUCCAGUUGAAUUUUCAGUUAAUCCAUUUUAAAAUAGAUAUAUUAACCUCAAAAUUUUCCUACGCUAGAGGCACACUCUCUUUUUUGGCGGAAGGUGCAGCACCCGAGUGAAUUUUUGAAGUUUGAUCGGGAGCAUACUAACACUAAUCUAUCAAUGUUAAGAUGGAUUAACUAACAAUUCAACUGAAUUUAACGUUAGCUUUCUAUAGUAAAAACGAUGCUCCAAAGAGUGAUCCAUCCCGACUGCAUGAAUUAUAAAUUUAUGAAUAUAUAUAAUCAAAAUUUGCCAAGUUUAACAGCUUUAAUCAGGUUGCAACGUUACCCAAAAUUGGUGUUCUCUGCAUAUUGAAUGAUCUAAAACAAUUCAGGUUAUAUAACAUGGACUACAGACACAUGAUUUUAUCCUUGGGACAAAUCCAUUGAUACAUUUCACAGAUUUCGGAGUUGGGUUAGAGUGUGCAUAGAAAAAAAACCCCUUAUAAAUAAUGCGUAGAUCAAUUUCUCACUUUUGUUUUAUUUGAAUUUAUUCUCAAAUCUGAUAUUCCUAUGAUUGCACCAAAUGAUCUUGAGGCAUAAGAUUUACUGUACGAUAAAUAAAAGAAAAAUAACGAUAACGAAUUUUCAAUCUGAAGCUGCGUGUUAUUGUUGAAGCAACAAAAGUGAAACAAUAGUCGUUACAACUUGCUUGAAGAAAUGAAAAGCAUAACGAUGUGUAGGCACAUGCUGUCCAUACUCACGACUAUCGGCUUCAUACUCGAAACAGCGCAGCAGUAAAUUCUAAGACAGUGUAAACUAUUUAUUCAUUUAUACUACGAACUAUGAUUGUAUAUGAUAGCGAAGUAAAGAGAGUACUUUAAUCAGAAUUACAGAACAUAAGAAUAAUAUUACGAAAUUUAA